AUGGGGGGAGUUCUCCUCCCCAGGAAUUUCCUGCACCUCUCGCGUGCUCUUCUCCCCCUACCUCCUCCCCGCUCCGGCCUCAGCUAUCUAUCCGCCAAAAGCGAUGGAUCCUUGCAUUCAGGCAUUCGGAGAUGCGUCAUGAACGGGAAAGUUCCGAGGUGCUGCUCAAUCGCUGAGAGCUCCCAUCCUGGUUCCUCGAGGUACGGAGGCUGGGACGAUCCCGUACUCGACGAUGGUGCAGAAAUCUCGGUCGGGAUCGAGUCAUUUCGUGGUGUUCUCGUCGCCAUGGGGAUCGCUGAUGGGAAGUGCGCGAUCUUGUUCUUUCUCGGCUUCCUCUCUGCUAUGGCCGUUUCGAGGUCUAGGGUUUGGAACUUGGGGGCUUUGGCUGCCACUGGUUCGGUUUUCUUGUGGGGAUUGCUGGUUGGAGUUGCCAGAGUGAGCGCCGGCGGAGAUUCGCCGUCCCAUAAGCGAAGGAACGAAGAGAGUGGUAAACUAUCCCACGAGAUUAUGAAAGAUUUUGAAGAGCUAUUGGAGGACUUUGGUGUUAAGCUAUCAGAGCUGAAGACACGUUUGCAGGGAUUUGUCGGCCAGAAUCACCCAGAAUCAGGUGAAAUAGAAAGAUACCUUGACGUUCUCGACUCUCUCAGUCUCGCAACCGCGCCCGUGAAAAAAUUCGUUCAAGAUUCUGCUGGCGAUGGCGUCUGCAUUGGAUCAGUUACCGAGGAUGGGGAACCGGCGGCGAAGCCCAGCCCUAAAUCGAGCAAGAAGAAGAGGGAGCCGGUUACUGUGGACACUGAUCUUCUCCGAUUCCUGGCAACCAUGUUCAAAGAAGUUACAAUCGGGAGGGCGCCCCCCAAAACGAAGGAUAUCAGUUUUAAAGGUGAAGCUGUAGAUAUGUUGAACUCGAUGGAUCAGGGGGUGGAAACUGGUGUUCCAGCAGCUGAUGAGAAACGGGCGACCAGAAACCUCCAGGAAGGCCAUAAGGGUGAUCCUUGGCUGGAAGAGCCAUUUGAGGUUGGGGAUGAAACAUCAAAGAGAUUUUCUUCGGGAAGCGCGACAGGAAUGUCCGAGGAGACAGCGAGGAGGGUUGGAUCAGCUACCAACCCUGAAAACCCCAUCUCAAGAGCAGCAUCAACUGAAUAUGGAAACCAGUCUUUCCAUUCAAGGGAUGAUAGCUGCAAUCAUGGCGUGCUUUCGGUUGAAGAAGGCCUUCGUGUUCUUAAUGGAGACUUACAUCUCACGAGCAUGCAGGAGAGCUACCGUAAGGUGGUUCUUCAGCACAACAGUCGCAAAACUGAAAUCAGGACCGGACAGGAUCGCUUGCAAGAGUAUCUGGAGAGUGGCUUCAAUUCAAGAGCACCGGAAAAGGAGAUGGCUUCAUUCCCUCGUGAAGCAGGCUCUUCACUAAAGUCAGAAAGGCCUGAAGCAUAUUCCAGGAUUAAUGGAAAGGUAGUGGACGGGAGAGAAACCCAGAUGGUUGAUUUCAGGGAAAAUGCCGUUAAAUUAGAAUUUCAAACUGUCGCAGAUGAUCAACAGUCUAAAUGUGAUGUGGGAGCUGAGAAUAAAGCAUCAUCAUCAUCCCCAUCAGCGGGGGGAAAGACAGGAUCCUCUGAAGAGGAAUUCAAUCGAGUUGUGAAGCGUGGGGCAGGGCUUCUGAGACAAGCUGGAGAGUGUUUGAAGGGACAGAAUGAUGAGCAAACUGCAGAAAUUUUUCUGUACAAGUCUGCUAGGUUGCUAUCCACCGCUGUGGCCAUGAAACCAGGGAGCCUACUGGCUCUCGGCCAGCUUGGAAAUACUCGUCUUCUUCAUGGAGAGCUUAAGUUGAAGAUCAGUCGCGAUCUGAGGACCCUGUUAUCGAGAAACGGUCCUUCCUUCACUGGAAAGAAGCACCAUCAGUCACGGUCAGAUGAACAGAGUUUUCUAAAGAAGGAGAAAAUGGUGUCUGCGCUUGUUGAUGUGUGUGAAGAAUGUGAAGAGCUUCUCAUCGAUGCAGGAAGAAACUACAAGAUGGUCUUGUCGAUUGAUGAGAAUGAUGUCAGGGCUCUCUACAAUUGGGGGCUUGCUCUAUCAUUCCGAGCUGAAUUAAUCGCCGAUGCUGGGCCGGUAAGAUCCUUCAACGAUGACCAUCGUGACCAGGAUGAAUCUUCUUCUUUCAUUAUGUUGUUGCAUCAAUACCCACCCAGGAAAUACCUUAAGAAACAAUGUUCUAAGCGAGCACACAUGGGCUAUACCCUGCAAUGUAGCGGAUAUGGACUGCUAUUUAGUUCAGUAGAGAUCCCCUCCAUGUCACCAUUACCACCACCACCACCACCACCAAAUCUCAAGUGCUAUUCAUAAUCCGCCCGGAAGCCCUGAGGACUUAAUGGUCUUGGAAUUUGCUGUUCUUCAUAUUCUCGAAGAACUCAAAGGGUACGUUGUGGGGUGAUCCUUCUUGUCAGCCAGCUGCUGCCAGUUUGCAUUGUUUAUUGCGAUGAGUGGGCCCAAAAUUUGGGCGAGGCCAUGGGGUUUCGUUUUCUCACUGGGUUUUUUAGUCCUUUCCCAUCAGUAACUAGUGUCCUUAUUAUGGCUUUCUUGGAAAUUUAUUCAGUUUCUGAAGUCAUAAACCUCUAAUUUCAGAGGUUUGAUCUUCUUCGCUUAGGAACCAUAUCAUGAAUAUGCUCUCUCUCUCUCUCUCUCUCUCUCUCACUCUCUCUCUCUCUCUAAAUCUAUAUUUAUAGGCAUUUAUAUACAUUGUGGGAAAUUUUUACAAUCGACAAGGGUACCUCGUGACUUCUGUUAUUUCAUACUCUUAAGGAAAUAUCUGUUUGGGUGUGGUAUAAAUGUUCUGGCAUUUUUUUUUGAUUUUCUUUCAUGCUCUGAGGAGAGUGGCGGAGCAAGUUCAGGCUGGGAAAUCUCUAUUCCACAUCCCCACCUGCGGAAAAUGGGCUCGAGGGCAUCUCUGCGAUGGGUUUGUGAAGAUCACGUAGAAAUGUUUGUACCAUGUUCUCAGAGCCGAGGCAUUGCCCGCUUUGAUCUAGUUCAUGAGCUUCCCUUGGGAAUUUUUACAGUAUAAAAGCUUACAAUUAAUGUAUAAUGCUUCUGAAGUUCUUUGCUGUAUGAUUUAUGGACUAGAUUACCUGCACAAGCCAUGCUAGAUGCUGCUACUCCUGGUUGGUUUGAUGAUCUGUUGGCUGCCCGUUCUUCUUACCAUCCCAGGAUGCUGCUACUGACGCAGACAAGGUUUAUCUCGCGGCGAUCGAAAAAUUCGACGCAAUGAUGUCCAGAACCGGUGAUUAUGCUUCAGACGGUACGCUUCCACCCUCCAAUCACGAUCGCGGAAGGAGAUGGCUCUCUUCCAACCCCUCCCUUCCAGUCGCUUGUCUCUGAUGAAGGUGAAUGGAAAUCCAUCUGAUCGAUCCACACGCUUGGCCUCGCAGCUCUCUUCCGGUGGGGAGUGGCGCUGCGGCGGCGCUCGCAGCUACGGCCGCGCGGCAGCAGCGAGAAGGUGAAGCUCCUGCGGCAGGCAAAGAGCCUGUUCGAGGACGUCCUCCGUGUGGAUGCUGAAAAUUCUCACGUGCGGGAGGCUCUCCGUUCCUGCAUCUCCGAGCUCCGGCUCCGGUAG